AUGGUACCCUACAAUUUCGGAUCCCUAGAUGACGAUUUAUUUGCCGACCUCCUCUACUCGUGGGAUAACGAGAUUCCUGAACUUCCGAGACUCAGUGGUCCGACCUCUCUAACUUUCCCUUUUAAACCCGCAAUAUCCGAGGGGCAGCCGCCAGUUUCAUCUACGAAGGGAUCACCGUGCAGCCUGGGCGCAUCAGAUGGUAGGAUGGGAGUACCAGUCCUCUCAAUGGCAUUACCACAAAAUUCGCCUGAAGAGAUAGAGCUCCAUAUUCCGACCAAAAGGCUUCGCAGGGACGAACUGCCCACGCAUCUCCUUGCACAGCACUACUCUCGGGCCCUGACGGGCAGGUUUUCUUUCAAGCAGCCAGAAUGGACAUUCUACACGUACUUUUUUCAUCGCUUCGCUGGUACCCAUUUUGCGGUACGCUCCGCUAUUUUGGCGUGGACCGCGGCAAAUCUCUUCUUUGCACAGCAGGCAAGCUCGUUGGACGAUACAUUUGCACACUAUCAUGACAGCCUGACUUCAAUCGUGGGCAAGUACGAUGUAGCAUUUGAAAGCUGGCAAGCCCAGGAGCACAACAUGGAUGUUUUGCAUCAUUUGUCUGACGAUGAUAUGGACGCUCUCUUCGUUGCUUCCUUUUUUCUUGCGCUCACCGACCUUGCUCUAGCUCGAUCCUCACCUCUUCGGAAAUUCAUUCGAUUCAUCGCCGCAAUUCUCAAUGACUCAGAACUGAAACAGAACUUGACCGGGGUUCAAGCGAGAAUUACAUCAUGGGUAAGAGGGAUUUGA